AUGGUUCUGCCUGGGGAGGUUUCCUUCUUCCUGGCUUUCUGCAUCGCUGCUCUGCUCAUCCUGCUGCUAUGGAGGACACCCACCGGCAAGGCCAAUCUGCCCCCAGGCCCCACCCCGCUGCCUUUGGUGGGCACCUUUUUCCAUAUCAAUGUUCAGAACAUGAUCGGCUCCCUUCUUCGGCUGCAAGAGAAGUACGGCCCGGUUUUCACAGUCUACAUGGGCUCUCAGCCAGCUGUGGUCCUGUGCGGUUACGAAGCGGUGAAAGAAGCACUUGUGGAUCACGCAGAAGCUUUCAGUGCAAGGGCGCCCAUGCCAGCCCUGGACAAAAAAUUCACAGAUUAUGGAGUGGUCUUCACCAACGGGGAGCGGUGGAAGCAACUCCGUCGCUUCUCCCUCACUACCUUGAGGAACUUCGGAAUGGGGAAGAGAUCCAUAGAGGAACGGAUCCAGGAGGAAGCUGGGUUCUUGGUGGAAGAGCUAAAGAAGACAGAAGGGCAUCCGUUCGACCCCUCCAUUCACCUCAGCCACAUCUCCUCCAACGUCAUCUGCUCCGUGGUGUUUGGCAACCGGUUCGAAUACGAGGACAAGGAAUUCAUCACUUUCCUCGACUUGAUCAAGAAAAUCCUAGUUCUUUUGUUCUCCCCCUGGAUGCAGCUAUGCGUUUUAUUCCCACGCCUGAUGAAAAUCGCCCCUGGCCCACAUCGCAAGUUAGCUGUCUACAUGGAUGAGUUAGAACGCUUUGUCUCUGGGAGGAUACGGAUGCAUCGGGAGUCACUCGAUCCCAACUGCCCUCGAGAUUUCAUUGACUGUUUCCUCACUAAAAUGGAGCAGGAGAGAGAGAACCCUGCUUCUGAAUUUGUCGAGGAGAACCUGACGGUGACUGUUCUCAACCUGUUCUUUGCAGGGACGGAAUCGGUUAGCACUACCAUGCGGUACGGGCUCCUCCUCCUCCUCCGAUACCCAGAGAUAGAAGCAAAAAUCCAAGCAGAGAUCGACGAGGUCGUCGGGAGGAAUCGUAGCCCCUCCAUGGAGGACCGGACCAAGAUGCCCUACACGGAUGCGACCGUCCAGGAGAUCCUACGCUUCGCAGACUUCUCCCCUCUGGGGGUUCCUCGUGUAGCGACAAGCGACACGCAAUUCCGAGGAUACACCAUUCCCAAGGGCACCGCCAUCCUGACCUUCCUGACCACUAUCCUGCAUGACCCCCAGCGUUUCGAGACGCCCGAGAAGUUCAACCCAGGCCACUUUCUGGAUGAAAACGGGGCCUUUAAGAGGAGCGAGGCCUUCAUACCAUUUUCAGCAGGGAAAAGGGUCUGCUUGGGCGAAGCUCUGGCCCGCAUGGAGCUCUUCUUAUUCCUCACUACGCUGUUGCAGAACUUCAAGCUGGGUUCACUUCAGGAUCGGGAGGAAAUCGACAUUUCGCCGGAAAUAAGAAGCGGUGGGAAGUUACCUCCACCCUACCGACUUUGCAUGGUUCCACGGUAA